AUGGCGAUGAGCACCCAAAGAGCCUCUGCACCACCUCUUUCUCUCGAAUCAGCUCCUCGAUGGAAGUACGAUGUGUUUUUGAGUUUUAGGGGUGUAGAUACCCGCAGGGGUUUCGUAUCCCAUUUAUACCGCGAAUUUUGCAAGUUCCAAGGAAUUACGACUUUCCUUGACGAUCGAGAGCUUGAAGAAGGAACAAGUAUUCCACUUGAGCUCCCGAGUGCGAUCAAAGAAUCGCAUGUUGCAAUCGUUGUUCUUUCACCAAACUAUGCUUCUUCCAAAUGGUGCUUGAAUGAACUUACGGACAUUCUUCAAUGCAUGGAAGCUAGGAACUCAGUUCUGCCGGUCUUUUACGAGACAGAUCCAUCUGACGUUGGAAAUCAACGGGGAUCCUUUGCCAAAGCCUUCACGGAGCAUGAAGAAAAGUUCAUCACUACCGAAGAUAAAAAGAAGGUUGUCCAAUGGAAAGCUGAUCUAAAAAGACUGUCCAAAAUUUCUGGUGUGAAAGUGAGCUUAUUGAAAAAAUCGUCAACAGCGUGUGGAGGAAAGUGCAAGCUGCAUUCGCUAUUAGCUCAUGAUGCCAAUGAUGUUCGCUUUAUAGGGAUAACGGGGAUGGGCGGCAUCGGUAAGACAACCCUUGCCAAGCUAGUUUAUGAUAGAAUCUUCCAUCAUUUUGAAGUUUACUGCUUUCUCGCAAAUAUCAGAGAUCGUACUCUAGUUAGUCUUCAACAACAACUUCUUUUCCCAAUCUUGAAAGAAAAGAUUGAGAAGUGCUUAAGCAACAAAAAGGUUCUUCUUGUACUUGAUGAUGUGGAUCAAAUAAACCAGCUACAAGUACUAGCUGGAAAAGAAGCUUGGUUUGGUAGUGGGAGUAGAAUUAUCGUUACAACUAGAAAUGAACGUUUGCUAGUCCAGCAUGGCAUAACUUUAUGUCAUAGCGUCAAGUUGUCAAAUGAUUAUGAAGCUCUUGCUCUGUUUAGUCAACAUGCCUUUAAGAAAGAUCUGCCCGAAGAUGGGUUUUUGGAACUGUCUAAGUAUUUCAUUAAUCAUGCUGGAGGCCUUCCAUUAGCUCUUGAACAUUUGGGGUCGGCUUUGUUUAAGAGAGAUCUAGAUGCAUGGAAUAGUGCACGGGAUAAUCUAAAGAAAAUUCCUAAUCCAACAAUUUUUGAUAAACUCAAAAUAAGUUAUGAUGGACUAGAAGAGAUGGAGAAGAGAAUUUUUCUCGAUGUUGCAUGUUUUCACAAAGGGAAGCACACGCAGCGAGUAAUUGAAAUGCUAGACAAUUCCCUUGAUAUUUCAAGCCGGAUCUUGAUAGAUGCUCUAAUUGAGAAAUCUCUUCUGACCUCUGAAAAAUGCUUCCUGUAUGAUACUUCAGUCAAGUACAGCAGGAUAGGGAUGCAUGAUUUGAUACAAGAAAUGGCAUGGAGAAUUGUUGGUAACGAGUCUAAAGAGCCUGGCCGGCGGAGUAGGUUGUGGCUUCGCAAUGACAUUUUUCAUGUAUUCAUGAACAAUACGGGGACAAGAGCUAUUGAAGCCAUAAGCCUACGGUUACCCGAAAAAGAAGAGGUGCACUGGAAUUGCGAAGCCUUCUCUAACAUGUCUGGACUGAGGUUUCUGGAAUAUGACAAUUUGAUCGUUUCUUCAAGUCCCAAAUUUCUUCCAUGUUCCUUGAGAAUUAUGAAUUGGAGUUUGUAUCCUUCCAAGUCUCUUCCACCAAGCUUUCACCCGCAUUUCCUUACUGAACUAAAAAUGCGUGAUAGCAAACUUGUUCGGCUUUGGGAUGGAAAAGAGAAUUUCCCCAACUUGAAAUAUAUUGAUCUUAGCUUCUCAAGUAAACUGAUAAGUACCCCAGAUUUUACUGGUCUUCAAAAUCUUGAGGAGUUGUCUCUUAUGUGGUGUACGAAUUUGGUUGAGGUACACCCGUCUUUUGCAGUUCUUAAAAGACUUAAAGUUUUGAGACUUGAUAUCUGUAAAAGUAUUAAGAGUCUCCCAAGUGAGCUAGAAAUGGAUUCCCUUGAAGUUUUAGAUCUUACUGGAUGCUCCAAAGUGAAAAAGAUUCCAGAAUUUUCAAAGCAGAUGAAAAAUUUGUCCGAGGUUGGUUUAGCUUGGACUGCGAUUGAGAAAUUACCUUCAACAAUUGGACAUCUGGUUGGACUUACUCUACUGGAUAUUGGUUAUUGCGUAAAUCUGUUGGAUAUUCCUAUUGAGAUUUGUAAUUUGAAGUCUCUUAAACAGCUGCGCGUCACCGGAAGUUCAAAAAUCGAAAAACUCCCAGGGAAGAUGGAGUUUUUAGAGGAACUUAUUUUGGGGCAAAACGCAAUAAGAGAGCCACUUGUUGAUAUGAAAAAUCUCAAAAACCUGCGUGCUUAUGGAUCAAUUGUUAAGCCAAGGGAAGAGUGGGGCCUUCUCCGCUUAUUUGGAAUUAGAAAGAGCGAAGAGCCUUGUUCGGGUUUGGUGUUGUCUUCUUUAAAUCAUUUGCGUUGUUUGGAGCGCUUAGUACUAUCCUAUUGUGAUCUUGGUGAAGGUGAUAUCCCCCAUGAUAUUGGGGAUAACUUGUCCUCUUUACGAAUGUUAGCUCUUCGUGGAAACAAUUUUAUUACCCUUCCAGCAAGCAUCAAAUGCCUUUCUAGACUUGAUUCUCUUUCUUUGAAUGGGUGCCGAAGACUUGAGCAACUGCCAGUUCUUCCGUCAAAUAGCCGAUUACACGUAGAUGUAGAUGAUUGUACCUCCUUGAAAAGGUUGUCGGAUCCCUCGAAGUUGAGCAGCAGAUUUGCCAAUAUUUAUGAUUUUACUUUCAGUUCUCUGAAUUGCAUUACAUUGGUUGAAGAUGAAGACUGGAUGAAUACAAUAUGUUCAAGGAUCGUGAAAUUCGCCAGUAAGGAAAUCUGUCGUUAUUGGGGUUAUAAUCACAUUGUAUGCCCCGGAAAGGGGAUUCCCGAGUGGUUCAACAAACAAACUGUGGGACAUUCGCUAAACGUGAAGCUACCUCCUCAAUCAUGUAGCAGCUGGAUGGGAAUUGCUUUUUGCGUUGCUUUUGCACUACCUAAGGGAAACUUCGAAACUUUCCGUUUAAAUGAUGUCGAUCUUAAGUGUUUGCCUGGGAUUUCUUGUCAUAUUUCUGCAACAAAGCAUAUGGUGCCAGAACACCUUUGGAUAUUUUAUUUGUCUCGAGAACAAUGUCAGGAACAGUUUUCAUUUGAAAUAUGUAAUCGAUGUGGAGGAAAUGAACCAAAUCUGGUGAAAAUGUGUGGGACUCGUUUGGUGUACAAGCAAGAUUUGGAAGAGCUCAACCGAGCAUUGAAAAUCUUGAAGCGAACGCAUGGAUAUUGGGAAGAAGCAGCUUCAAGUGAAAGUGGUAGUUUUGAUGACCAAGAACAAGCUCACAAAAGGCAGAAGGAAGAAUAAAAAUUGCUUUCUGCUUUAUUUAACCAUUCAAUGCUUCAGAGUCGUACUUGGAAAGCUAAACAUGGUGCUUUUUCUCAGAAUCUAUGUUAGUAAGUCACCAUCUCAAUCCCAGUAUAACCUGCCUGAUAUUUGAUUAUUUAUUUUUCCCUCAAAGCUAAUUUAUUUGAUCCAGCAAUGAAGUAUGUGUACAUACAGUUAAUAAUGUGCGUCUCUCAUCUAUGUCAAAUUGAACCAAAAAAGAUGCAAAGUCGUAUUAUGUAAAUAAGUUUUCAACAAAAAGUGCAAGGUAUGGAAGAUAUGUAAGCAAUAUAUGUUAUGACAUUUUCACAUCAGCAAGCAAAAUUUACUA